GUUUGCAUUGGGCCAAUGAACAUUGUUUGCGAGUAUUGUGGCGCAUUGAAGUUUUCCGGAGAAACGCCCGGAUUGUGCUGCCUUAGUGGAAGAGUGAAAUUGCCAUUAUUGACUCCGCCACCUGAGCCAUUGCAUUCAUUGCUUUGUGGCGAAACACCAGAAUCACAUCAUUUUCUUGCAAACACUCAAAAAUACAAUGGUUUUUUCCAAAUUACCUCAUUUGGGGCAGACAUUAUCGAAGAACGAGGAUUUAAUCCGACAUUCAAGAUACAAGGACAGAUUCACCAUCGAAUUGCAUUGCAACUCUCGAAGAUGCACAGCAUACCGCAAGCCAAAUGAUGACUACAAAGUCGUGAUCAGAGCAGAUAAACGGCAUGUUCACGGGUCGGAAAACCAUCUGCGUUGUUUGUUCUUGCACCUAAUAAUAAAACAAAAAAUGUCGUGUAUCACA